GCAGUGUUCAGAUGCAUUUCUAGCAGGUUAAGGACACUGUUCGCUUUGCUACUGUUGGUUAGUUUGCGAUAUUUUAAAUAGCUCCAAUGCUCGAGUUCCUUCCAAAAUUAUUGCUGCUAGUAUUACUAGCAUUUCCGGCAACAGUUUUCAUGAAAGGUCCAUUAGUGGCAGCACAAGAUGUAACAGAGGAUGAAGAGGCAGCUGAUGAAGAUACUGCUGAUGACGUGAUUGCUGAGGAUGAGGAUGAUGAGGCUGAGGUGGAAGAUGAUGACAACACAGAAUUGACUGAAGAAAAAGAUGAAGAGGAGGAAGAAGCUCUAGCAGGGGAGGUAAAGCCUUCCCCCAAUGCUGAUACCACCAUUCUUUUUGUCAAAGGAGAGGAUUUUCCAGCCAACAACAUUGUGAAAUUCCUGCUGGGUUUCACCAAUAAAGGGAGUGAGAACUUUGUGGUCGAGUCUCUGGAUGCUUCCUUCCGCUACCCUCAGGAUUUUCAGUUUUACAUCCAGAACUUCACUGCUCUCCAACUGGGAACAGUGGUACCGCCACAGCGCCAGGCCACGUUUGAGUACUCUUUCAUCCCUGCUGAGCCCAUGGGAGGUCGCCCCUUUGGCCUAGUCAUCAACCUUAACUACAAAGACAGCAAUGGUAACAUUUUCCAGGAUGCCGUGUUUAACCAGACUGUCACCAUCACUGAGAAAGAGGAUGGACUGGAUGGGGAGACAAUCUUUAUGUAUGUCUUCCUUUCGGGGCUUGGACUGCUGGUUGUGGUUGGUUUGCACCAGCUACUGGAAUCUAGGAAGAGGAGGAGACCUGCGGCAAAGGUGGAGAUGGGAACCUCCAACCAUAAUGAUGUUGAUAUGAGCUGGAUUCCUCAGGAAACACUCAAUCAGAUCAUGCAGAGUCGGCGAGAUAAGGCCUCCCCAAGAAGAUCACCCCGUAAGAGGACGCAGAAACGUUCGGCUGGGUCAGAUGAGUAAAGAAGACUCCUGAUCCUGUGGCUCUUUUCUCAUUGAGCAAUGCUAUACAGAGCUCAGUCUGCUAAGGGACCAGCAUCCCUGUCCAUCCUGCAACACUCUGGUCCGUGACUGGUCCAUGCACACAUGCAUUGUAAUUACUCAACAGUAUGGUCAUCUUUUUCAAACAUAACAAAGGAGCAAAUUAUCAAAGAGUUUGACAACAAAAAGCUACUCCAGUCAAUGUAAAAAUAAAUAAAUAAACUUUAAAAAAAAAAUUAUUUUGCUGACUGGAUAAAUGCAGUAGAAUUUAAAAAAAAAAAAAAAGAUUGAUUUGGUUUGAUUACUGAUCAGAUUAAAAGGUUAGGGCUUUGUUACCUCUGCUUUUUAGCCUGUGGACAAGUUGGAGGCAUAACUGCAUGAAUUUUAUUUUUGGUCUAGAAAGCCAUGGCAUUGGACAUGCUUCUUGAAAUGUUUUGUUUUUGUAUUUUUUGUGAGGUUUUUCCUCUCUCUCUGUGUGUGUGUGUGUGUGUGGUGUUUUGGUUUUUUUUGUUUUGUUUUUUUCUUUUUUUUUCUCUCCCCUUUGGCACCGAUUCUUGUGUAUAGUAGGCUGGGUUCACCCCAGUGCAGGGUUGAUGACCAACUCUGAUUCUGCCACGGUUUAAUGUACACUGCAUUUUUAUGGGCCAUUUUCUUCUGCAAUUUUGUUUAUGGAGGAUUAUUGACUGUAUGAAGAAAAAUUGUAAUAAUGGACUCAUUUGCUCUCAGAAUGUGCCUGUUUUUCUUCUGGUUCUCCUUUGUCCUCUUUCAUGUAUAGAACUAUCCCCAGACUAGUUUACAAGUGUGUGUUCAGGAUUUUGAAUCUUCUCUUAUGAUUGCAAAUGCAUUGGUGUACUUACUGGGUCGUGCUUGGAAGGUGGGGGGGGGAUCUGUAAUUAAUUUAUUUCUUGUAUUUGUUAGGCCUAUGAGUUUUAUACUGUCUCAUGGCAUGAAUUUGGAUACCCAUGUCUAGUACUUGUGUGCUUUUAAAAGCAUAGUACACUACUGUACCUAAAUGGGCUAUCAUCUUUAAGAUGCUUUGGGCUUUUCCAGCCCGUAGUAAAUCAGAAAUCAAUGCUUUAUACCUAGUUGUACAUGCUUUUUAUUAAGUACAAUUGAUUUAUCAACCAAGUUUCCUACUGAUGUUUUUAGGCUUGACCGAUAUCUUUAAGAAUCAUUUAAAUAUUAAAAAAUAGUUGUCAACUCAU